AGUCAUGGAGGAGGAUAUGGGCCGGGCUCGGUUCUAGGUGGAGUUUAUCAUGCGUAUAAAUGAACGCCCUCUGCUUGUCCGACGCCCCUGCCAACUCACUCACACUUGAACGUCUCCUCUCUUUUUCUGCGGCGAGAGUCCUGCAUCAUCCAGCCCCACCAUGUCUUUCAUCAGAGAGUUCAUGAUGCAGACCGUCUAUCUGGGCAUGCCCGAUGAGUCAGUGUUAAAGAAUGAGGGGACAGUGAAGGCGGCACACAACUUCAGCCCCAGUGGCGAUGCAGCAGUCAUGGACCAGGCAAUCAAGGCAAAAGGUGUGGAUGAAAACACCAUUAUUGAACUCCUGGUGAAGAGGAGCAAUGAGCAGAGGCAGCAGAUCAAAGAAGCUUACCAACAAGCCAGUGGAAAGCCACUGGAUGCAGCACUGAAGAAGGCUUUGAAGGGAGACUUGGAGGAAGUGGUCAUGGCUCUGCUAAAAACACCAGCCCAGUAUGAUGCCCAGCUGCUGAAAAUGGCCAUGAAGGGUAUGGGAACAGAUGAGGACACCCUGGUUGAGAUUUUGGCCACUCGGACCAACAAAGAGAUUCUGGACAUAAAGAAGGCCUACAAGGAAGAUUACAAGAAGGACCUGGAGGAAGACGUCAGAUCUGACACCAGCGGAGAAUUUAGGACUGCACUCCUUACACUCUGCAAGGCUAACCGCACUGAGGGAGUGUGUGAUCAGCUGAUUGACAGCGAUGCCAGGGCCCUGUAUGAGGCUGGAGAGGGGCGCAAAGGCAAAGACUGCUCUGUCUUCAUAGAAAUCCUCACCAGCCGGAGCGCCGCUCAUCUCCGUCAAGUGUUUGAUAGGUACUCCAAGUACAGCAAAAUAGACGUCGCCAAAGCAAUUGACCUGGAGCUGAAGGGUGAUAUUGAGAAUUGCCUCACAGCAGUAGUCAAGUGUGCUGGGAGCAGGCCUGCAUUCUUUGCUGAGAAGCUCUACUUGGCCAUGAAGGGAUCCGGGACUCGCAAAAACAUCCUAACCCGGAUCAUGGUGAGCCGCUCCGAAAAAGACAUGAAACUAAUCAAGGAGGAGUACAAGAAGAAAUACGGCAAAACACUCCACCAGGAUAUUCUGGAUGACACUAAAGGAGACUAUGAAAAGAUUCUACUGGCUCUCUGCGGGAGUGAGAACUGAUUUCUCAUCUACUGACUAUAAGCUCUCAUACAGCUGACAAAGUCAUGUAGCUGAAGAAUUGCGUCCAAUGCCCAGCUGUGUCAAGUAACCUGCUGUCAUGCAUGAUGACAAAUAUUAGAUAAUAACAGCAAUGAGCAAAGACUAAUGCCAAAUUACUGCAGUAUUGCCUCAGCAGACAUUAUCUUUCUAAUACUGUUUUAAUUCAUUUUAAACCCAAAGCACUCUGACCUUACCAUACAUUUGAGUUAUCCAACCGGUUGAUCAUGUGUCUUGUAAAGGUAGAGUGAUAACUGGUGCUUGAAGGAAAAGAAGAAUUGCAACGCAGCAGCGAAAAAAAUCCUCUUCAUAUGUGACAAAUAUACUGUACACCCGUGCAAGCGAAGGAGCUUCGGCAUCCUGCGAAUAAAAGCUUUUUUUUUCUA